UGGUUCUGUAUACAUACGCGUCUCUCGUAUUGUACACAGCCUCCCUUCACAGCAGUAUAUUAUCCUACAUCCAAUAAUCAUAAUGAUGUUUAGAUUGCAAACCGCCACGACGAACAAACGCAUGUAUUAACAUCGCACAACAAGGCCUUGCGUUCGAUGGGGAGAGAGAAAUCAUAACAUAAUUAUUGCUUGGUGAUUAUUCAGACCGUCGACAUGACAAAUAUAGCAACACAAGAAAUGCGGCCAUAUAAAUAUGUAGCGACAUCGGAAGCAGUUGACGAAAGAGGAGAAUAUUUAAAGAAGCAAGGUGUGAAUAUAAAUGGACGCAGAUGGAUUAUGAAGACGAAUAGGCAGGGAUGGACUAACACUCUCUGCAGGCCAUUUCAACCGGAAGCCUUCCGAGUAUACCCACAGCCAGGCGGACCCAGCAUAAAAGACUGUGUCUUGCACGAAAUGAAAUGGUUCAACAUUAACGAUCUGAAGAAGGUGACGACGGCAGAGAAAAACACACUUCCGAAUCAACAAACUAUACAUGCAGAGGAAAAAGGUACCAAAGAAACAAGGCCAAAAGGAAUGAAAGGAAGUAACGUAACUUCAAUCAUAGCGACAACGUGACGUAUUAUUUUACCACGCAGGAGGGCGUUUUACUCUCAUCAACCUCAAGUUUUUAAUCAAAGAAUUCUUAAAUCUCUCAUCUCUUUGAUUAUGUCUAGAAUCUAAAAACGGAGUAGACAUACGGAAGCCAUUUAUUAUCGUCAUCGCCAGAUGUUAGAAAUGGCAGUUAAACAUCAUAUGCGAAGGGUCGAGGGUAAAAGAUGUUAUUAUAUUAUCUUAUUGGGCAUCUAUAGAUGCAUACAAGGAUAGAUGGAUGGAUGUACCUACCUAUGAAUUGAUGGAUAGAUGGAUGGAUCGAUGGAAGAAUGGAAAGAUGGAUGGAUGGAUGGAUAAAUAGAUGAAUGGAUAGAUAUUUUUCAUAUUCCAUAUAAACUUAUUCAUCAUUAAACUGCUAAGCAAAGUACAAAAGAUUUUUUAGUCAGUUAUUUCUGAUAGAGAUGGAAAGAAAAUUAUCUGACGUGUACGAUAUACUGUAAUACUGUUCCUAUAUUCUUUUUUUAAUGUGUGUAAGUUAGCACAAUUUGGAUACAUUUCAUUCGAAGUUACUAACUUAUUUGAUCAACAAUAAACGUUUA